AUGGGGUGUCUCGUCUACGUGCCGUUCUGCCUCAAGGACCCAACUCUGAAAGCGGACACCACUUCGAAUUGGAUAGAGUGCUACGAUCCAUCUAGCAACUCUUGGAGCUACGUGAGCCUAAUCCCUCACGUGGUGGAAGGACAUGUUUUGAAGGGCUUCGCGAUGGUGUCGGUCGGAGACAUGAUUUAUGUCAUCGGUGGCCGGCUCUGCCACAAGGAGAUGACUCAUGUCUCGGAUGAGUUAGCCGAUUGGGUCGACGUUGAGGUGGAGAUACUGUCGACCGUUAUGAAGUACAACACGAGGACCGAACAAUGGUCCAUGUGCGCGACGCUGGGGACCUCGCGUUCGGAUUUCGCAUGUACCGUAUGGGAUAACAAGAUCUAUGUGGCGGGCGGGCAGUCGAAUUUGGGUUGUGCCAGGGGGAUUUCGUCCGCGGAAGUGUAUGAUCCAAGUGUAGACGAGUGGAGUCCUUUGCCUAGCAUGAACACCAUGAGGUACAAAUCGGUUGGAGUGACAUGGCAAGACAAGAUCCAUGUGGUCAGCGGGUUCGUGGAGCGGUUGGACUCAGACAGGGCAUCUCCGUUCAUCACCGAGCGGAGCUCGGUGGAGGUUUUCGACCCGAGAACCGGGACGUGGGAGCUGAUGGCGAGGAUGUGGCAACUGGACAUCCCCCCCAACCAAAUCGUCACGGUUGACGGGAAGCUGUUCAGCUCCGGAGAUUGCUUGAAAGCUUGGAAGGGCCACAUUGAGGCAUAUGAUGCGGGGCUAAACAUGUGGAAUGAAGUUGAGUACUCAUGUCUCCGAGAAUUGUCACAACCUAUGAGCACAUCAAGCAACGAAUGCGUUACGAACGAGUACCUGUCGCCAGCGAUCAAGAGGCUCUAUCUUACCAUGGCACCAAUUGGGACUCACUUGUACUUCUUGGGAGGGUAUCGGUUCUCGGGGGAGACGUCGCACACCAUCUCCAAGGCUUGCAAAUUCGACACGUCGGCGACCACCGCCAAUGCUUGGAUGAGGUUCGAUCCAAUCGUGGAAGCAGCGGAGAAGGAGCUCUGCAGCCACUGCUGUGUCGUUAAGCUCUUGUAA